CUCCUCGUGGCUGGUUAUUGUUUCUGAAGCGACAGGCGCAGCCUCUGUGCCAUGCAGCUGCUGAACAGUGUGACCUUCUGUGCCUGCCCUUCACCCACCCUGGCUGUGACUCAGUUCUGUUUUAUUUGAACACGACGCUUAGGCCCAACAGUUACCAAAAUGUUCUUGCUUUCAUUUGUGCUGUUGAAGAGAUCAACAGGAAUCCCCACCUUUUACCCAACAUAUCUCUGGGAUAUGAAUCCCAUAAUUCCCUGCACAACCAUGGAAAUACACUGCAGAAUGUCCUCAUCUUGCACACGGGACAGGAUGAGAUCCCUAACUACAGCUGCGGAAGAGAGAGCAAGUCUGUAGCCUUACUGACAGGAACAUCAUUGGCAACAUCUGCUCAAACCGGACCAUUGCUGGAGCUCUACAAGUUUCCUCAGCUGACCUAUGGCUCUUUUGAUCCUAUCCUGAGUGACAAUGGCCAGUUUCCCUCUCUCUAUCAAAUGGCUCCAAAGGACACAUCUCUGGCCCGUGGCAUGGUCUCCUUGAUGCUUCACUUCAGCUGGACCUGGGUGGGACUGGUCAUCACAGAAGGUCCGAAAGGACUUCAGUUCCUCUCAGAGGUCAGAGCAGAGAUGGCGGGGAACGGAGUCUGUGUGGCAUUCGUGAAAAUUAUCUCAAAUGAUGCCAUAACAUAUGUCUUACAUUCACCACAACUUGACUUCCUGGCUGGAGAAUCACCUGCAGUAAGUGUGGUUAUCAUUUACUGUGAUAGUGAGAGUCUAAAUGAUAUAAACCAUAAGAUAGAACUACAUGCAUUGUCAUGGAGAGUCUGGGUCACCAACUCACAAUGGCAUGCGGACUUCACAGGGAAAAACUUCAUCCUUGACUCGUUGCAUGGGACUCUCAUUUUUGCCAAUCACCAUGAGGAGAUCUCUGGCUUUACACGUUUUAUCCAGACGGUGAACCCCUCCAAGUACCCAGAAGACACGUUCCUCCAUCAGUAUUGGUACUGGAAUUUCAACUGCUUGAUAUCCGAUUCUGACUGUGCCCUGAAGGACUGUGCCCCGAAUGCCUCUUUGGCACGGUUGCCAGCAGGUCGUUUUGACACAGCCCUGAGCGAUGCGAGUUAUAAUAUAUACAAUGCAGUGUAUGCGGUGGCCCACGCCCUCCACGCGAUGCUUCUACACCAAGUGCAGAUGCAGCCAAUCGGAAAUGCGGAAAGGAGGACGUUCCAUCCCUGGCAGCUGCACCGCUUCCUGAAGAGCAUCCAGUUUAACAGUCCCGUUGGAGAACAAGUGGAUGUAGGCAAGAACAUAAAACUGGAUGCAGAGUAUGACAUUCUCAACUUUUGGAAUUUCCCAGAAGGCCUCAGGCUGAAGGUGAAAGUGGGGGAGUUUUCUCCGCGUGUUCCCCAAGGGCGACAGCUGUCUCUGUCUGAGGAGCUGAUACAGUGGGCCACAGGAAACGCAGAGAGUCCACCCUCAGUAUGCAGUGAGAGUUGUCUUCCUGGAUUUAGGAAAAGCCCUCAGGAGGGAAAGGCUGUCUGCUGUUUUGACUGCACCCCUUGCUCGGAGAAUGAGAUCGCCAAUGACACAGAUAUGGAGCAGUGUGUGAAGUGUCUGGAUCAUCAGUAUGCCAGCUCUCAGAGAGAUCACUGCAUUCAAAAGACUGUGACAUUUCUGGCUUAUGAAGACCCCUUGGGGAAAGCUCUGGCUGGCUUGGCUGUGAGUUUCACCAUCCUCACAGCUGCUGUUCUUGGGCUCUUUGUGAAGCACCAAGACACUCCCAUUGUCAAGGCCAACAACAGGACUCUCAGCUACACCCUGCUCAUCUCCCUCACCUUCUGUUUCCUCUGCUCCUUGCUCUUCAUUGGCCGGCCCAACACAGCCACCUGCAUCCUCAGGCAGACCACAUUUGGAGUUGUGUUCACUGUGGCCGUUUCCACCGUCCUGGCCAAAACGAUCACUGUGGUGCUGGCCUUUAAGGUCACUGCUCCAGGCAGGAGGAUGAGGCAGUGGCUGAUAACAGGGGCACCAAACUACAUUAUCCCCAUUUGCUUCACGAUCCAACUGAUUCUCUGUGUAGUCUGGAUGGGAACCAAUCCACCCUUUAUUGAGACAGAUGCACACUCAGAACAUGGCCACAUCAUUAUCAUGUGCAACAAGGGCUCCCUCACUGCCUUCUACUGUGUCCUGGGAUACCUGGGCUCCCUGGCCCUGCUGAGCUUCACCGUGGCUUUCCUGGCCAGGAACCUGCCCGACACCUUCAAUGAAGCCAAGUUCCUGACCUUCAGCAUGCUGGUGUUCUGCAGUGUGUGGGUCACCUUCCUCCCCGUGUACCACAGCACCAAGGGGAAGGUCGCGGUGGCCAUGGAGGUCUUCUCCAUCUUGGCCUCCAGUGCAGGGCUGUUUAGUUGCAUCUUUUUUCCUAAGUGCUACAUUAUUUUGUUAAAGUCAGAGAUAAAUUCUCUGACUGGAUUCAGAGAUAAAACACAUUCUGGGAGAAAGAAGCCAUCUUAAGAUAUAAAAAUAUGUAUUUCUCCUAAAACACAGAGGGUCUGAGGCCAUUCACAUCAUUUUGUGGUCAGAUAUUAUGGUAUAGUAUUUAUU